AUGGCAAGUCAACUACCCAAAGGCGGAUAUAACAAAGGAAUAGUCAUUGAAUUACAAUGUCAAUGCCCCCCAGGAUGUUUAUGUAAUUCAUAAAAAAUAAGAAAGUGGCAUCAUAAAGCUUGUGGAUGCCCUUCAUUUAUAAAUGAGUUUGGAGAUAUAUUUUGCAAAAAUUUUAAAGACAGAAAGGAUUGCUAAGGUUAUUUUAUCUAAUAUGCAUAAUUUUAAUGUUCUGUUGCAAAAAGAAGUGAAACUUGGGUUGAAUUUAAAAGUGCUGCUUAAUUUCUAAUGGCUUUGGCUCAAGGAAUAUAGGCUGCAGAAUUCGUUCUUUAAAAUGAUGCAAACUAUAUUCAUUUUGUCGAUACUUUGAAUAAAGAAGUUUAAAGAAGAUGGAAUAAUUGA